AUGGAACGAGUUGUUGAUGAAACAGAUUGAUUGCUUCGUGAGGCAUACCAAUCAUGGUUGCCUACUGUGCUUGAACUGAUCCAAUCUAAUGAUGAUGGUUUUUCCCUACCGUCUGCUUCUUUUUUCCCCUGUUCUGCUAGUGCAUUAAGAACCAGAAGAAGAUGUGGAGUUGAGAGGGGGUUCAAGGACAAGCCUUAUCCCAGGCUGGCAAAGAUGGUUCUAUCUGCGACAUUAACUCAUAUCCAGCUUAAUUUGCACCACCCUUUAUUAUUGAAAGCUGGACAAAUGCGUUAUCGGCUCCCAGAAGAAAAUUUGGAAUCUUAUAAACUGAUUUGUGAAAAAAAGGUCAAGCCUUUAUAUUUAAUUGCCCUUUUGAAAUCCCUGGGAGAAGAAAAGUGACUGGUUUUUACAAAAUCUGUGGAUUCAACACAUCGUCUCCGCCAAUUGCUAAAUUGUUUUGAAGAUCUGCGAAUUGAUAUCAAGGAGUAUUCUAGUUUACAACAUCAACGUGUAAGAAGCAAGACAUUGAACGAAUUCCGUAAAGGGGUGUUUCAAGUGCUUCUAUCUUCUGAUGCAUUGACUCGUGAGAUGGAUGUUGAAGGGGUAAGAAAUGUCAUUAAUUAUGACGUGCCCAAAUUCAUAAAAACUUAUGUUCAUCGGGCGGGCAGGACUGCAAGAGCUGUCCAGACUGGGCGUUGCUUCACAUUGAUGUCAGAAGAUGAGGUUCGACGAUUUAAGAAGUUAAUUGGAAAGGCUGAGGGUGGUUCUUGUCUGGACCAUAUUGUUCCGUCCAGUCAAAUUGAAGCACUCGAUACUACCUACCAAUCAGCACUGACAAAAUAUAAGGAGAUAAUUUCGAAGACACGAAAGAAACCCAAGAAUUAGAAUCUUCUUAGCUGAGCACAGUGAAAGGAAAAAAUAUAUUUAAUAGGAAUAGCAGCUUAUUCACGAACACGUAAGGGAAAAGCAUGUUAGCUUCAAAACAUCAAAGUAAUCCCUUGAAAUAUUCGACUAACAAUGAGAGUUCUAAGUUCUACAAUGGAAAUGACAGACUGAAGUAUUCAGGGCUUGAACUCGUGUUAUCAGGGAAUAUUCCCAGUGGUGUUCCAUUUCUUGUAUUUCUUGAGGUCUUUUGUACUAGUUGAUUAUUUUGUUGACGGGGUAGAUGUAUGCCAUUAUAUAUCAAUAACGAUGACAAGUGUUCAUCCAAAUCUGCAGGAUUAUUUUUUAAUUAUAUUUUUCACAUUUUAGUGUAGAUACACUUAAGUUUGCAUGUAAUUAUUAGCUUUGUUUUAACUAUGACCAUGAAAAAUAUGAAAUUAUGGAUCUGUCUGACAAAAAAUGCUGACAGUAUGAGA